AUGGCGCCCAUGAAAUCACCGAAAUCCAGUCAUAGUAGUAGUAAUUAUGGCGAGGGCAUUGUCCGCCAGGCCAAUAUCCUCGCCAGCUGCUACAUUGGGCCGAGUGGUAUUCCUGAGGUCCCUUCAACGGGACUUCCAUCGCCGCCAUCAAGCCCCCCCCUCGCGGCCCUCACGACGACCAACCAGCUCGCGCUGACCCCCAAGGCGAGGUCAUCAUCAUCGCGCGGCGCCGCCGUUGGUCGCACCGGCUUGGGCACUUCUCCGUCGGAGAACAGUGCCUGGCAUCGCCGUCGAGGGGGGGCAACACUGCGCAUCAGGGAAGAAUGUGAGAGGUUCUUUUGCGAGACGCUGCGCGCCAUGUUUCUGGGUGAGAGGAACGCGGCGAUGCACGGCUCCGGCCUGGCCAGUGUUUAUUACGACAAUUCCAGCCGCAACAACAAUAGCAGCAGCAACAACAACCGAAGCGACGGACAUGCCCGGGCUAUGGGACAGCACGGCCAACUGACACCGCCCGACGACUUCCCCAUUGCGGAUGAAACCAGGAUGGGCAAUCGCCAGGGAUUUGGUGCCAGUGGCCGCGGCGGCAUCCUCGGCUGGCUGGAAAUAUGGGACUACGCAGGCGGUUCCAGCUUCCGCAGCUUCGUUUCGGAAGACGCCCGUCGGGGAAUCACGUCGCUGUUCGUCUUUUUCGAUGCACAUUCCAUCACACGGGAUCUCAAGCAAGCGCUCGUCGCGCUCAUCGAGCUGGCCGAGGGCCCGUUUGCUUGCUCGCACAUGGUUAUCUGCGUCGAGCGGUCGAUUCCCGAGGACGAAAUACAUGGAUUGACAAAGGGGCUGCAGUGGGCCGGUUUUUCGCUUACCACGCUUGAUUUUUGGACCGAAGGAUUCGACGUCCUGAGCAACAGGUGGUUAUUCAUGGGAAUGGAAGUUUAGGCGUACGAGGCGCGAUGGGUUCUGGGAGUUUGUCAACCACAUUAUGGUAGCGCUCGUCAUCCUCAGUCUGAUCCUCGACAUCUCUCAGUGGCUGUUUUUAGUUGGGUCUUGCAUGAUUGGGGCAUCCGUUUAGUUGGUAUUCAUGGUAUCUGCAGCGAAAUCCAAGAGUAUUCGUCCAGGUCUAUAUCAAGAUUUGCGUGUAGAUGUGCAGAAGCUCAUCAUAGCACUCCUUC